GUCCAGACAGACAACAAAAGCGAUAACAAGUCCUGCCACCCAAAUCUCCAGCAUUCUGCCACUUUUUGCCAUGCGCCUGCGAUUGAGAUACGGCCAUUGCAUCUGACAUUCCGACCGACAAGUUCCUCUACCGACGUCGAACAAAUGGGCAAAUGGCGCCAUGGUGUAAUUCUGGAUGCUGGUUCAUCUGGCACCCGAGUGUAUAUUUACCGAUGGCUCAACAACCAACGAGCCAGGAAGGAGGGCACUGAGCUCGAGCUCAACGGUCUGCCUCAGCUCGAGACGAAGAAGAAAUGGACGCUCAAGAUAAAGCCUGGAGUAUCGACUUUCGGAGAGAAGCCAGAGCUCGUAGGACCCGAUCACCUAAAGUCUCUCGUCGACCACGCACUCGAAUACAUUCCCGAUGACCAAGUCAAGGAUACCCCUAUCUUCCUCCUCGCCACUGCAGGAAUGCGUCUCCUGCCCGAUGUUCAGCGCAAUGCAGUUCUCGACAACAUCUGCUCGUACCUGCAGCGAAAUACACAAUUCCAGCUUCCCGACUGCGCGCUGCAUAUCCAGGUUAUUCCUGGCGAAACAGAAGGAUUAUAUGGCUGGAUUGCUGCAAACUAUCUGCUUGGUGCUUUUGAUGCCGACGCUGCACAGACACACUUGCAUGGCAAGGACCACCACACAUACGGCUUUCUCGACAUGGGAGGUGCUUCUGCUCAGAUCGCCUUCGCUCCGAAUGCUACAGAAGCCGACAAACAUGCCGAAGACUUGAAGCUCUUGCGCAUGCGAAAGGUCAACGGCGACCCUCUAGAGUACAAAGUCUUUGUCACCACCUGGCUGGGCUACGGUGUCAACGAGGCUCGCAGACGCUACAUCGAAUCCAUAACAACAGCCAGUCCUGGCAUCGCAGAGUUGCCGGAUCCGUGUCUUCCUACUGGUCUGGAGGUCACGAAAUCUGGACACGCCAUCGCCCCUGGUUCUAACGAGGCUGCUGGAAAGGAGACAUACCUGCUGGGAACAGGCAAAUUUCCCGAGUGUCUCUCAAAAACAUAUCCCUUGCUGGACAAGGAUGCGCCGUGUCUGGAUCCUCCAUGCUUACUCCAUGGCGUACACGUCCCUGCAAUUGACUUUGAUGUCAACCACUUUGUCGGUGUUUCUGAAUACUGGCACACGACUCACGAAAUAUUUGAAAUGGCGCACAAAGACAAGGCUUACGAUUUCAACACCUACCAGCAACGCGUUCUGGAGUUUUGCAGUCAAGACUGGAAGUCAAUACAAAAGGGUGUAAAAGAGCAGAAGUGGGGUCAUAAGGUGACAGAGGAGAAGGUGGCAGAGGUCUGCUUCAAGGCCAGUUGGAUGAUCAACAUGCUACACGAUGGUAUCGGUAUUCCAAGAGUUGGUCUAGAAGCCACCAAAGGUGGACACAACGGUACCAAGGCUGUGAUCGAUGGAGCGAAGGAGAAAGGCUUUUUGGAUCCAUUCCAAGCAGUCAACAAGAUCAACGACGUGGAGGUGAGCUGGACCCUUGGAAAGAUGGUCCUGUACGCUGCAUCACAAGUGCCUGGUCCGGACGAUAAGGCUCUAGCUGUCGGAUUUGGCAGUAACAUCCCAGGGUCCGUCCUCCCAAAGGACUUCCAAUUUGCAGGUGGUAACGCAAUCCCUCUGCCGAGCGAUCUCAAGGACGAUGACGAUGUCGAUUGGCACGACAAGCUUUUCACCUCAAGCUCUUCUCGACGACUUCCUGGCUUCCUCUUGUUCCUCCUGAUCCUCCUCGUUGCCGCCUUCCUCCUCUGCGGUCGAGAACGACGCUCAUCUCUCCUUCGCAAAGCUGGCUUCUCACCUGGCAAAGGCAACAAACGCAAGAGCAACCCUGUGACUAACAGCAUCGGCAAACUCUUCGGUAACAACAAUUCCGGUCCCUCUUAUGAACGCGUUCUCGAAGGCGGUGUCGGCCCCGACCCAUCAGACUUUGAACUCGACGAUAUGAACGACGAUUCAGACUCUGAUAACAGCAAUGGCCGUACUUCGGGCUGGGCUACACCAAAAGCCAAUAACAACGGAUUCAGCAGUCCUGUUUUGCACUCUUCCCCCAGGUCAGCACGGGUAAACCUUUAUAAUGGCCACCAACCGCCCCAACCCUCGGGUGGUUAUUUCGAUGGCCCAGUCGCACAUGCUUCAAGUGCACUUUCUUUGGCCACAACGCCUGGACUUCAUCCUGGCGGCAGAGGAGGUCUAUUGGCGAGAACGGAGUCUCGUGAGCAACUGGCCACAGCAACAUUGAGGUCAGGGAGUAGGAGUAGAGCUGCUAGUCCCAGUCGGAUCCGAAGCCCUCUCAUCACACCGCUAAGAGAGAGCAUUGAGUGAAGACAUGAUCUUUCACGCUUUUGGAAUAACGGUGGUUGGAUACGCAUCUUUUCUUGGUUUGAACACUUGGGGGCUCUCUCACGAGAUGGGACUUUUGUAUUAGCGUGGUGUUUCUUGUCAACAAGGGUGCUUAUAUCUUCUGUAUUCUCUAUCAUGAUCCCAAAGAAAGUUCUUGAUGCCACUUUGCACAUAAUUUCAUUCUUUUAUGGUCAGUUGGAAACCUUGUAUUGGAAAAGCCUCCGCAUGAAUUCAGCUACGCAUCAAGUUUCCCCUCC